ACUGGAGAGGUGCCCUCCUCCCACCCCGCAGGCCCGGCGGGGCGGGGCGGGGCUCGGCCAGCCCAGGCCGGGAGCGGGAACCGGCAGCGGGAAGCGGCCACCGCCCGGGCAGCGCGACCUAGGCGAGGCGAGGCGGGGCGGGGCUGGGCGCCACGGGAAGGGGUGGCCCCCGCUGCCCGGGGACCGACCGACCCGAGCCGCUCACGCAGCGCCAGCCACGAUGGGGCUGGAGACCGAGAAGGCUGACGUGCAGCUCUUCAUGGCUGAGGACGCCUACAGCCACCACAGUGGUGUCGACUACGCAGAUCCUGAGAAGUAUGUGGACUCGAGUCACGACCGGGAUCCUCAUCGGCUCAACUCGCAUCUCAAGCUAGGCUUCGAUGAUCUGAUUGCAGAACCUGAGACUACACACUCCUUUGACAAAGUGUGGAUCUGCAGCCAUGCUCUCUUUGAAAUCAGCAAAUAUGUGAUCUACAAGUUCCUGACGGUGUUUCUGGCCAUCCCCUUGGCCUUCAUUAUGGGGAUCCUGUUUGCUACCCUCAGCUGUCUGCACAUCUGGAUCCUAAUGCCUUUUGUGAAGACCUGCCUAAUGGUCCUGCCUUCGGUGCAGACAAUAUGGAAGAGUGUGACAGAUGUUGUCAUUGGCCCAUUGUGUACAAGUGUAGGACGCUGUUUCUCAUCUGUCAGCAUGCAACUGAGCCAUGACUGACAACUUAGACUCCAGGCCCAGAUAAUUGGAGACUGUACUACUUGUUGAUGAAACACUGAAGCACUACUGUUCUAUUCACACCCCAAAUGUUAUAAUCAAGAAGACUGUUAAGAUGGGACCCACGUUCAUAAAAGUUCACUGACAAAUCUUAACAAAUAAUGAUUUCUUCACUAAAAGUCAAGGAUUUCAUAUCUAAUUUUAUAACAAGUAUUGGCAACACUCAAUGUAGGAACAGACAGUUUUUGCUUUAGUAGAAAAUAUCCAUUUGUAGUGAUGACUUGGUAAUGGUCAAGGGGCAAUUUCCUCAAAUACUACAAUAAUUCUGUGCAUAACUGCUCAUAAACGUAUGGGGUUUCUUAUUCUCUUUUACUCUAGGAGUAAUACUUUUAAAAUCACUUUCACAGAUAUCGUCAUGAGGCUAGCUAGAGAUAAUAUAUACAAACAUUCUAGAAACUUCAUACAGUAACAAACGCAUAUACCUAUGAUAAUAACUAUCAAAUAUAGUAAGACAAAUAAAUGUGAAACAUAGUCCUCUGCAAUAUUAGUAGUCUGCAAGCCUAUUUAACAAGAUGUUCCAUUUUGCUGUAGAUUUUGUUCCUAAUGCAAGUGUUACUCUAAUCCAAUUGCUUUAGAAUGUUUCUUUAAUAUGUCUGUCAUCCUAUUGAUCUCAUAUGUAAGGGAAGCAUGGCUACCACAGGGUGACUUUCUUUGUAAGAUCAUCUGUCACAUAUGAGAAUUUUGGGGGCUUCUUUGGAUUGCAAUGUAAAAUGGGCUGUCUAGGUUUCCUAUCUGACUUUCCCAGCAAAUGUUUUAUGACUGGGGUUCAUCUGGCUGUGACCAUAAGACAUGGAGUUACUUUUGUUUACUAGACUUUUUUUCUCCCAUAUAGUUAGAAGCCUAAUCUGUAUCCUACAUUCCUAUGAAUGCUGCAAUUGCUUUCAAGUAAUUCUGGUGCUAGUUAGUGAUAUUUUUAUCUGUCUCUAACAUCUAAGUACAAUUUUUACUACAGUGGCUCACAUAGAGAAACUUAUAGGAGAAUUGACAAUUGUGAGGGUUUAUAAUACUGAAAUACAUGUGUAAAUUAAAAGUUUAUAGUUACAAAUUUUCAA